GUGCAAAGACCAGUUUGGGACUUGGGAGACAUUACAAAAUCAACGACUUCCUCGAGAGAGUUUAGACCUCCUUUGGUGUUUUUCCGACACGCCCACCAUCUCUUGUUAGUUCAGGAGAGAAGCCGAGUGGCGUCGAAAAGAUGGCAGAAGUUGUACACAUGAUUGACAGCGAGGUUUUCCUGGCCUUUUCCACAUAUGCAGCCAUAGUCGUCCUCAAAAUGAUGCUCAUGAGCUUAUUGACCUCAUAUUUUCGCUUGACAAAACAGGUUUUUUCAAACCUGGAGGACACCACCUUGGUGAAGACCACAGACGACAGGAAGAAGCUGAUCAGGGUUGAUCCGGAUGUGGAAAGAGUGCGACGGUGCCAUCUGAAUGACUUGGAAAACAUUGUUCCCUUUGUGGUGAUUGGUCUUCUGUAUGCACUCACGGGGCCGGAUCUCUCCACGGCUCUGUUGCACUUCCGGGUGUUUGUGGGGUCACGUUUCGUCCACACAGUGGCCUAUGUGAUGGCUCUGCCCCAGCCUACCAGAGGUUUUGCCUUUGGUGUGGGGCUGUUCACAACUUGUUCUAUGGCUUACCGGGUGCUCACCACAGCGCUUUUUCUCUAAUAGAUAGCAUUCACUUCAUUUAAAACCAUUUAUUUUGAGUUGACAUGCUUUUUUACAGUUACGUGAAGGAAAUGUGUUGAGGAACCAAUUAUAAUGCUGUUUUUGUGUUUUCUAUUGGCAUUCAGUACCACAGUCCCAUGAAUGCACUUCAUAGUGUGAAUGAAAACUUAAUAACUUGAUAAUAUUUAAUUAAUGUAAUCUUUAACUCUGACACAUUUCAGGAUGAGUCUAAAGCUUUGACCCGUGCUGUACACUACACUGUGAACAGACAUUUGUUUAUCGUUACUUAUUAAUCACAAUAAGACUUUGACCAACAACUUUGGAUUGUGUCAGGUAUUUAGGGCUGUUUAAGUUUGUGUGCAUUUUCAUAGUAGUUGCGAAGACAAGCAAAGGAAAAUGUUUAAUUUGCGAAGUACCAACUUUGAAUUUUAAUGUUCAUUGUCUGCAGGUUUAAAGAAAGUAUGAACAAUAAAAUGUUUAUAAAUGGAUUAAAUAAAGUUUGAAAAUAAAAAAGAAGAAUGUU